GUUGAUUUAAUUCAUCAGACAAUAUACAUCUGCAAGAGAAGAAUAUUCAAUCAGGCUUUAGAGACAGAAUCAAGCAUUUUACAGUUCAUCAGACAUGAAGAACCAGAUUCUAGGACAGGUUAUUGGAAUUCCAGUCAGUUCAGCAGCAUAUCCAGCUGAGAUGCCUCAACAAGGAAUUUUAUGUAUCACUUCCGAUCAAUACUACGCAUCUCCAAAAUUUAGACAGAGUAAGAUGGACACUGUUUUCGAUAGGAUGAACCAAUUGGCAAAAGGCAUCCGUGAACAUGUGAAAAUUGGGCCUAAGUUGAGUGAAACAGUGAAGGGAAAGUUGAGAUUAGGAGCUAGAAUUCUCCAAGUAGGGGGUGUCAAGAAAGUGUUUAAACAAAACUUCAGUUUCAGUGAAGGAGAAAAACUGUUGAAGGCUUCACAAUGCUAUUUAUAUACAACUGCAGGUCCAAUAGCCGGAUUACUAUUUAUCUCAACCGACAGAAUUGCUUUCUGUAGUGAAAGAUCAAUGAAGGUCUCUUCUACAACAGGGGAUUUGCUUCGGAUUCAUUACAAGGUUUCAAUCCCAUUAAACAAAAUAAAGAGAGCAAAUGAAAGUGAAAAUAUGAAGGAUCCAUCAAGAAAGUACAUUGAUAUAGUUACAAAGGAUGACUUUGAGUUUUGGUUCAUGGGAUUUCUUAACCAUCAAAGAACUUACAAGUUUCUUCAGCAAGCAGUGUAUGAAUCUCAAUAAACACUAUAAAAAAAAACCUGUUCAUUCUUCCCUUGUUCCAUAACAUAAUUUGUGUUAUGGGAUUAAUAUGUAAGUAUAGUACUAAUGUCUCUGUAAUCUAGAAUUCAUUUUCUUAAUGAAAAUUCACUUGUUUCCAGAUA